AUCAAGAGCCAACAGCAGACUAGAGAGGUGGGAGCUGGACAGUCCUGCUUGCAGCCCUGAAAGAUAAAUGAUCCUUCGCCCUUCGUUCUGAGCGGCAGUCAGAGAAGGCUCUCGCCACUCUCCCAGCUUCCCCCGGCUCCUUCACCUCUGCUCUCCGCUCCUUUUUUUUGUUUGCUUGUCUUCAGUUUCCCCUCUUCAACCAUGGCUCCAACCCUGGCCACCGCCUUCGCCAGACGCUGGUGGAUGGCGGUCACUGCCAUCAUCGAGAACCUGCUCUUCUCUGCUGUGCUGCUGGGGUGGGGGUCGCUCCUCAUCAUGCUCAAGUCUGAGGGGUUUUACUCAUACCUGUGCCACGAAGAAGGUAAUAGCUCCAGCCACAAUCUUUCCCAACCUCUGGCAAAGCAGACGCCUGACGAAUACGAGUACUAUGACAGUGAGGAAGGUGUGGUGGGUUUGGGAGACGGGGUGGAGAUGAAGCCCCUGGUGCUUGCAGAAGGCAACCUGAGGAUGAACGGCUGGCUGAUCUGCAAAGAGCAGGACGAAAUGCUGAACCUGGCUUUCACAGUGGGCUCCUUCCUGCUCUCGGCCAUCACGCUGCCUCUGGGGAUCGUCAUGGACAAAUACGGGCCUCGCAAGCUGCGUCUGCUGGGCAGCACAUGCUUCGGCUUUUCCUGCCUGCUCAUGGCCUACGGAGCCUACAGGCCUGCUGAUCUCUCGGUUCUUAUCUUCAUCGCGCUGACUUUCAACGGCUUUGGGGGCAUGUGCAUGACCUUCACCUCCCUCACACUCCCUAACAUGUUUGGAGACCUUCGAUCAACCUUUAUUGCGCUGAUGAUCGGGUCUUACGCCUCCUCGGCUGUAACCUUCCCCGGAGUCAAGGUGAUCUAUGACUUUGGAGUCCCGUUCAUUACCAUCCUGGUGGUGUGGGCCGCCUGUGCAGGACUGGUCUUCUUCAACUGCUUCUUCAACUGGCCCCUGGAACCAUUCCCAGGACCAGAGGACAUGGAUUACACUGUAAAGAUCAAGUUCAGCUGGCUCGGCUUUGACCACAAAAUCACAGGGAAGAAGUUCUACCAGCAGGUCACCACGGUGGGUCGUCGCCUGAGUGUCAGCAGCAACGUGAAGCAGAAGGAGCUGGUGGGCAAAGAUGGUCGCACUCUCUGCCUCUCCACCAUGGACCUGGAAAUGGAUUGCAAGCCACAGGAAGAAACUCAGUCAUUCGCGAGGAGCAUCAUGAGCCCAAUUUUCCUGCUCAGCGCGCUGACCAUGUGCAUCACUCAGCUCCGCCUCCUGUUCUACAUGGGGGCCAUGAACAACGUUCUGGAGUCCCUCACUGAUGGAGACCUCAACACUGUGGAAAGGAUGGAAGUGGUGAGUCUCUACUCCUCCAUCUUCGGCGUGCUUCAGCUGCUUUGCCUGAUGACCACCCCAGUGAUCGGCCAGAUCAUGGACUGGAAGCUGAAGAGCUGCGAUGAUGGAGAGGAGGACAAGGAGCCACUGAGCAAGGACGAAGCAAAACCCAAACGGCGAGACAGAAAGACACAGAAGGUGACCAACGCCCUCCGAGCUUUCGUCCUCACGAACAUCCUGUUGGUGGGAUUUGGGAUCACCUGUCUGGUGCCGAAUCUUCCUCUACAGAUCGUGUCCUUCAUCCUGCACACCGUGGUGAGAGGAUUCAUUCACUCGGCUGUCGGCGGCCUCUACGCUGCUGUGUAUCCCUCCUCGCAGUUUGGCAGUCUGACAGGAAUGCAGUCUCUGGUCAGCGCUGUGUUUGCUUUGCUGCAGCAGCCCCUCUUCUUAGCCAUGAUGGGACCUCUGCAGGGAGACCCCUUCUGGGUCAACAUCGGACUCCUCGUCCUCAGCAUGCUCGGCUUCCUGCUGCCGCUCUACCUGAUCUGCUACAGACGGACUCUCGCCAAAGAGCAGCGGCAGAAAGCAGACGAGGCGAAAAUUUUCAUCAAAAUCAACGGCUCAGACAUUCCGGAGGCGUUCGUCUAAAGACGAGCAGACAGAAACAGGACGAUGCUGCAGAAAAAAGUUAAAACAAACACGGACAGGCUGGAGAUGAAAUUGGAAUUGUUUCAACGUGUAAUUGGGAAUUCGUCACGCUAACAGGCUCCUGUGUCAGUCACAUUUAAACAAAGAGAGGAGUCGCCGAGCUCUUUCCUGGAAAACGAAAGGAAAUACGAAGGGAAAUGAAAGAAAAAGAGACUGUAAAGCAAGAGAAGGGGUACACCCCCCUGUUCACCGCCUUUGACCUUUCUUUAAGCCAGAAAAUAAGUCGAAUUCUCCACAAGCCGCCUGCUAACCGCUACAGCGUCCCGCCAAUUUUCUGGAUUUUUUCAGUGAACAGCGUCACCUAAAUGAAGAGGAGCUCCCUGCAGAUGAUUAAGGGACUUUUUCACUUUUUUAUUUAAUCGCCGGGCUAACAUCUAACACUGUAGACUCUAUUAGUGAGCGGAUGUUGGUAUUUUCCGUUGGAACGUGAAGUUUUCUGCCAAAUUGAAGUGUUUAUGUUGCUUUCUUGCUUUAGCUGUGGCUAUUGGAGCACCUCCCAGUAGAGAGUUCGAGGUCAUUUCAUGUUUCUCGGUGAAAUUAGCUUUCCCUUCAUGUAAAACAGACGCUUUUUGAUAACUUUUGAUUAAAUGCAUCCAGCAGCUUGCUGUCAUUUAGAGGCUGUGGCUGCUUUCUGUCUACUGUUGAGAGAAAUGCAGCACUUUCACCCCCUUAGCAAGCUCGUUUCAGCACUUCCCUGCACAAAGAUCUGCCUUUACCUUUAUUUGUGUAUUUAUUUUCUUUCUUCCUUCUUGGGUUUAUUUAAAUGUGCUCCGCAGACAUUUCUUUUUGUUGGAACUGGGCUCCCUGCUCCCCUGGAUACAGCUCAAUUAUUUUGUUUAUGCCGCUCUCUGUGUUGCGGAUGGAUUUGUGGGACUUAAUAAAAGAUGUUUUGCCUUUUU